AUGUGCAAACUGCGAAAGCGGAAAUGCGACGGUCACGAGCCAUGCACUUGCUGUGUACGAUAUGAGUAUCAGUGUACCUUCAAGCCUUCUCUACGGGAGAAAAAGGCCGCCUCUAAGUCCUCGGUGGCACUGGGCGACGAACCGGAAGCUCAAAAGCUCUCCAACCGAGCCGGCGCUAACCAAGCACACAUGGAAGCCAAUUCAGGCACUGCUUUCCCCCAUCUCCUGGGUAUGAGAUUGAAUCCCCAGAGCGCACCCAAGGUGCACGGCUUUAGCUGGAAUCUGGGUCCACGGGAUGAGCCUCUAGAGCCCUUCAGCAAUAUAGCGGAUCUGAUUCCAAGGGAGGAGAUGGAAGAAUUAGCCGACCAUUAUUUGAAGAAGAUACAUCCUGUGUAUGGGGUCCUGGACCCUGAAGAUUUGCAGCAAAAGAUUGACAGCAGAUGGAAUGAUCCUACGACGGUAGCUUCUUAUGACGCUAUUCUCUGCGGUGUGGCAGCAUUAGGCUCAUUGUACUCGGGCCACAAGCAACACCCGACGGAAAGCGCACUUGUUCAGUGUGCAAAAGAAAACCUCGAGACAACCAAAACUACAAAAACAACUCUCCUUCAUCAUGCGAGUGCUUGGGUAUUACGGACAAUAUAUCUCCGGAGCACCAAUUGCCCUCAUGCAUCGUGGAUGGCUAGUUGUUCUACGAUGCACAUCAUCGAGGCCAUCGGAGCUCAUCAGGACCUCGAACUGGCAUCUUUAGUGUAUUCCGACACUGCAGAUGUCAGUUUUAAUGAAGAAACCCGACGUCGGCUCUUUUGGGUAGCCACGGUUCUAAAUUCGUGGAUUUCCUAUGAGUACGGCCGAUCGCGCGUGACCCCACGAGGUGUCUCAUGCAAGCUUCCCUUGCCUCGGAAGGACGACUUUACCACAGACCUCAUAAGCCUGUAUCAAAUCUCGGAAUGGCUCGAUCCAGACCAUGACAAUAAGGCUUCUGUCUUCGAAGAGGCUCUGACCCGCGUUGAGGGCCUUACACUCUCCCAUGAUGCCUUGAUUCUCUCGCAAAGUAAUUUGGCGCUCACCAUAUAUCGUCGGUUACGAGUUUUGUCGGUGAAUAUAUCAAAUGACGUUCUUGUUCGCAUCAUGCGACUCGGGAACCGCGGCCUCGAUGCCGCGAUGCGACUAGCUGAAGAUCACUCUCCGUGGUGGCAUGUUGCCAACCUACCGUUUCAGUUUAUCUGUAUCUUGCUGGCUAUUGACACAAGGGAGUCGCUGUCACAUAUUGGCCCUGCGCUAUGUUCGUUCAGGGCCAUUACCAGGCUUUACAAUACUCCAACCGUCCACACGGCACUGGAGACAAUAGAAUCACUCGUUGGUCUCUUCCAGACGAAAAAAGAACGGGACUCGGUUAUUCUUAGAGACAGUUUGCAACAAAGGGAUGGAAGGACGGCUGAGCGAAGUUCAUCCACUCCGCAAGCCCUGGACGUCACUUCUUGGCUGGGAGGGACCGAAAACUUGUCUCUACCUGAUGACUUUGACUUUGACUGGAAUGAAUUUCUAGACGCACAACUUCCCAUCUUUAGCUAA